GUUCUGUUUCCGCCGAAUAAAGAUCAAGCCGCCCACUAUAUAAACCCCGUCGCCUCGCCCACCAUCGUCGCCGGGUUGUCGUUCCUCGUCUCUUCCUAUUUGAAUACUAACGCUGCCCCUUCUCCGUUGGGUCUAUCGUUAGGGUACUCCGUCCUCUUAAUCCCCUCUUGGCACUCUGCGGCUGCGGCAGGAUCGGCGGUGGCUUUUUCUGCGGUUUCCCGGCAGCUCUGGGGUUCCUGUUGGUAUUCGAUCGUCGAACGAUCUGUUUGUCACGCCGUCUUCUGAGGGCCGGCGUGGGGGAUUCCGGGGUCGUCUGAGGGCGUGCUAGGGCUCUUCUUCUCUGUAUCAGACUUUUACUGCUUCGUCUGGGGGGGGUGGCCGGGGCCCCGGCCUCGGCGGCUUGCAAAGCCCCCAUCUUGACCGAGAUCUGAAGAAGUAGACUAUUGUUCUGCGAUCGGGAAGAGAUGCCGGCCCUCGCGUGCGUAGAUGCUGCAGCGCCGCCCCCUGGCUACGUCUUCGCUUGGGAUGGCGCUCUUCCCGCGCCGGGGACAUUCCCCGGCGACACUCCGACUACGGCGGGUGGUGUCACCGCCGACCGCCCCUCCAACUGGUCCACCGACCUCUCCGCCUCCCUCUACCGGAUCGAAGGCUGGGGCGCGCCUUACUUCUGCGUCAAUUCUGACGGCGACAUCGCCGUCCGGCCGCACGGCGCAGCCACCCUCGCCCACCAAGAGAUCGACCUCAUGAAGGUGGUGAAGAAAGCCACCGACCCCAAGUCCGCCGGCGGGCUAGGCCUCCGCCUCCCGCUCCUCGUCCGCCUCCCCGACGUCCUCAAACACCGGCUCGAGUCACUGCAGCAAGCCUUCGACUUCGCCAUCCGCUCCAACGUAUAUGGCUCUCGCUACCAGGGGGUCUACCCGGUGAAGUGCAACCAGGACCGGUACAUCGUGGAGGACGUCGUGGAAUUUGGAGCACCGUUCCGGUUCGGCCUCGAGGCCGGGUCGAAGGCGGAGCUCCUCCUCGCCAUGAGCUGCCUCACGAGAGGGAGCCCGGAUGCGUUCCUCAUUUGCAACGGCUACAAGGACGAGGAGUACAUCGCCCUUGCCCUCUUCGCUCGGAGCAUGGAUCUCAACACGGUGAUCGUACUGGAGCAGGAGGAGGAGCUGGACACGGUGGUGGAUACCAGUCAAAGACUCGGUGUCCGGCCGGUGAUCGGUCUCCGGGCCAAGCUCCGCACCAAACACUACGGCCAUUUUGGAUCCACCUCUGGAGAGAAGGGCAAGUUUGGGUUGACCACCGCGCAGAUCCUUUCCGUCGCCCGGAAGCUUCAACGCCUGGAUAUGCUCGAUUGCCUUCAGCUCCUGCAUUUCCACAUCGGCUCUCAGAUCCCGACGACGUCGCUGCUAUCGGAUGGGGUCGGCGAGGCCGCUCAAAUCUACUGCGAGCUCGCGAGACUCGGGGCCGCAAUGCGCGUCAUCGACAUAGGCGGCGGCCUCGGAAUCGAUUACGACGGCUCUCACUCUGAUGCCUCGGACAUGUCGGUGGGUUACGGGCUCGACGAAUACGCCGGCGCUGUGGUCCGGGCGGUGAUGUUCGCUUGCGACCGAAAGCGUGUACGCCAUCCGAUCAUUUGCAGCGAGAGCGGUCGAGCGCUCGUGUCGCACCAGUCGGUGCUCAUCUUCGAAGCGGUCUCAUCCAACGCCACCAGAGCUGCGCCGUUGUCGUCCGUCGGCCCAAACCCUGCAUUAUUUCUCGACGAGCUGGCGGACGAUGCUGGUUCCGAUUACAACAACUUGAUGGCGGCUGCCUACCGCGGCGAGUACGAGACCUGCGCUGUGUAUGCUAACCAGUUGAAGCAGAGAUGCAUCGACCAUUUCAAGGACGGAGUUCUCGGCCUCGAACACCUGGCGGCCGUCGACGGUCUCUGCGACCUCGUGGCAGAGGAGCUGGGAGUGGCUGAUCCAGUGAGGACAUACCAUAUCAACCUCUCGCUCUUCGCCUCGAUGCCCGAUUUCUGGGCGAUCGGACAGCUGUUCCCGGUCGUCCCGAUUCACCACCUCGACCAGCAGCCGGGAGUCAAGGGCAUUCUAUCCGAUCUGACGUGCGACAGCGAUGGGAAGGUGGAUCGGUUCAUCGGUGGGCAGUCGAGCCUCCCGCUGCACGAGAUCAAGGGGGGAGAAUACUACCUGGGGAUGUUUCUUGGAGGGGCGUACCAGGAGGCGCUCGGCGGGCUGCACAACCUCUUCGGGGGGCCGAGCGUUGUGCGGGUGGCCCAGAGCGACGGGCCGCACUGCUUCGCGGUGACGCUGGCGGUGCCCGGCCGGUCGUGCGCGGACACCCUUCGAGCGAUGCGGCAUGAGCCCGAGGCGAUGAUCGCGGCGCUCGGGCACCGCGCGGGGGAGUGCGCGGCCGGGGAUGCCGUGCUGUGCGCCAUCGCCCGCGCCUUCGACUCCAUGCCGUACCUCGUCCGCGGCGCCGAGGUGGAGGAGGAGGUGCGGGAGUCGAUGAUGCGCUGCCUGGGCUUGUGAAGGGAUCGGUUAUGGGCACCUCGUCGAAGUCGUCGGAGUGUGUCGCAUUGGUGCGUCUAUUAUGAUUGCUGUUUUCUUUCUACCGUCUUUGAGUCGCGUAGGAGUAAUAAUUUAUCUUCGAGUAGUGUCUCCGGUUUCAUUA